AUGCCGAUAGAGAAGCGGAAGUCGUAUUCUAUACGUUACUAUGCUUCCCUUGCUUAGAAUAUUGCUAAGAACGGUUUUGUCGUUAUGCCUUGCUCUUGGUGCGUGUCGCAAGGCCUUGUCUGCAAAAUGAUCGCGCGUACAAAGCGUUACGAAGCCUACAUUCGUCGAGGUUGUUCUUGCGAUAGCUCUAGUAUACCGCUUUCUUCCUAUAAAUUCUCUAGGAGCAGCGUCGUAUCAAGGAUGCUAAACGUUAUACCGAACUUGAGCUAGAUAAAUCUUAAUGCUGUCUAGAAGAAGCCUAGCACAAGUUGUCCGAAAGGCUUAUACGGCUCCGGCGUCUUCGUCAGUAGAAGGAGUUUUUAGUAGAGAAAGGUACCGAUAUAGUAGCACGUAGUCUAUUAAUCUUAGACGAGUUAGAGGAGGUUAAGUAGCAAGAGCGGUAAGAGGUACCUACUAUACCCUCGUCAUAGAUUAAUAAUACCGUCGAUGCUAUCGAC